AGAACUAACUAACAGUCUCAUCUCAAAAUAGUGGGUUUACGAAUGUGGCUAUAAACAGUGUCCUUUUGUGAAUAAUAACUCAACAAUAGCUUAUGUCAGUUGGCGUAUUGGGCUGAUUCACGUGUGACCAUCAAGAAGAGGACAGAGAAGAACCAGAUCUCAGAGAUCUACAUUAUUACUGGGGAGGAACAAAUGGAGUUUGAUGAAGUUGCAGUUUAUUUCUCGGAAGAGGAGUGGGGCUGUUUAGCUGAAGAACAAAAAGAGCUUUAUAAGGAUGUGAUGAUGGAGAAUUACCAGACCCUCAGCUCUCUAGGAUAUGUUCUUGAGAAACCUUUACUUGUUACACAGAUUGAGAACAGAGAGGAGCCGUAUGUGGGAAGUUUUGCAAUUACCGAAGAUUGUUCAUAUGCAGACUCGCGCUGCCCCGGAUGAUUACACCCAUGUUGGGGGCAUGUCUAAGAAUGUUGCAUCUUGCAGCUCUCAUGAAGUGUUAUAUGUUUGGUGGUGGAUUUUGUUGAUCCUAAUCAUGGCCAGAGUGCUGAUACUUCUUUAAGUAAUUUUCAAAAUUUUAAAUUAAAUCGUAUUUUUCAUCAGAAAAUGCAUACAGGAGAGAAAGCAUUUACAUGUUCUGACUGUGGGAAAUGUUUUAAUCGGAAAUCAAAUCUUACUACUCAUCAGAAAAUUCAUACAGGAGAAAGGGUGUUUUCAUGUUCUGACUGUGGGAAAAGUUUUACUCAAAAAGCAAGUCUUAUAACUCAUCAGAAAAUUCAUACAGGAGAGAAAGCAUUUUCAUGUUCUGACUGUGGGAAAAGUUUUACUCAGAAAGCAAGUCUUACAACUCAUCAGAAAAUUCAUACAGGAGAGAAAGCAUAUACAUGUUUGGACUGUGGGAAAUGUUUCACUGUAAAAUCACAUCUUGUCAACCAUCAGACAAUUCAUACAGGAGAGAAAGCAUUUACAUGUUCUUACUGUGGGAAAUGUUUUUAUCGGAAAUCACAUCUUAUUACUCAUCAAAAAAUGCAUACAGGAGAAAAAGCAUUUACAUGUUCUGAAUGUGGAAAAAGUUUUACUCAGAAAGUAAGUCUUACUACUCAUCAGAAAAUUCAUACAGGAGACAAAGCAUUUUCAUGUUCUGAAUGUGGGAAAAGUUUUACUCAGAAAGCAAGUCUUAAUACUCAUCAGAAAAUACAUACAGGAGAAAAAGCAUUUUCAUGUUCUGAAUGUGGGAACAGUUUUACUGUUAAAUCAAAUCUUAUUAACCAUCAGAAAAUUCAUACGGGAGAGAAAGCAUUUUCAUGUUCUGUAUGUGGAAAAAGUUUUACUCAGAAAGCAAGUCUUACUACUCAUCAGAAAAUUCAUACAGGAGAAAAAGCAUUUUCAUGUUCUGAAUGUGGGAAAAGUUUUAUUGUUAAAUCACAUCUUGCUAACCAUCGCAAAAUUCACACAGAAGAGAAAGCAUAUACAUGUUUGGACUGUGGGAAAUGUUUUAGUCUGAAAUCAUAUCUUCUUAUUCAUCAGAAAAUUCAUAUAGGAGAGAAAGCUUUUUCAUGUUCUGGAUGUGGGAAAUGUUUUACUCAGAAAUCAUAUCUUAUUAAGCAUCAGAAAAUUCAUACAGGAGAGAAAAUAUUUUCAUGUUCUGAAUGUAGAAAAUGUUUUCUCGUAAAAUCGGAUCUUAAUAAACAUAUGAAAAUUCAUACAGGAGAAAAAGCAUUUUCAUGUUCUGAAUGUGGAAAAUGUUUUACUCAGAAAGCAAGUCUUACUACUCAUCAGAAAAUUCAUACAGGAGAAAAGGCAUUUGCAUGUUCUGACUGUGGUAGACGUUUUACUCUGAAAUCACAUCUUAUUAAGCAUCAAAAAAUACAUACAGGAGAGAAAGCGUUUUCAUGUUGUGGAUGUGGGAAACGGUUUACCCAGAAAUCACAUCUUAUUAGACAUCAGGUGAUCCAUACAGGUGACAAAACAUUUUCAUGUUCUGAAUGUGGGAAAUGUUUUUUCCAAAAAUCACAUCUUAUUAGACAUCUGAAAAUCCAUACAGGGGAGAAAGCAUUUAAUGUUUUUAAUGAGGAAAAUAUUUUCUCUUAAAAUUGGUUCUUAAAGGGACAGUAAAGUCAAAAUUAAACUUUCAUGAUUCAGAUAGAACCUACAAUUUUUAAACAAUUUUCCAGUUUGCAUUUUUUUAGCACAUUUGCUUCAUUCUCUUGGUAUCUUUUAUUGAAGAGUAAAACAAGGUAGGCUUAGGAGUGUGCACAUGUCUU